AUGUCGCUAAAGGCUUCCGAUUCUUCAGCCCACAAACGGCUCGCGGCUUCAGGGCUUUCGCACAUGGAUAACCUUCCUGAUGAGAUCGUCACAUGCAUACUGGAGAAGGUUGUCGCUGACGCCAACACUUCCGCUGACGUCAUCAACGUCCUCCUCACGUCGCGUCGCAUGUGCGAGCUCGGCACGCAGGCUCAAGUGCUAAAAAAAGUGUCGCCUCUCGCGCUCGCAAUGCGGGCACGGUCGCUUUGCGAAGGGUCGCACAGGUUCUUGCAAAAGUGCACGAUUUCCGGCAACACAGAUGCCUGCUACAUUCUCGGCAUGAUUAAGUUCUACUGCCUUGGGGAUCACCAGCAGGGAGCCACGCUAUUGGCCAAGGCGGCGCUCGCGGCGCACCCGCACGCGCUGCACUCUCUCGCCAUCAUCCACUUCAACGGCAGCGGCGGCACGCGCCACGACCGCGACCUGGUCGCGGGAGUUCUGCUCUGCGCGCGCGCCGCGGCCGUGGGACACGUGGAGGCGCUGCGGGAGCUGGGGCACUGCCUGCAGGACGGGUACGGCGUGCAGCGGGAUAUUCCCGAGGGCCGCCGGAUGCUGCAGGAGGCGAACGUUCGCGAGGCUGCGCGCGCGCUCGCCUGCUCCGUGGCGGUGCCACGGUGUGCUGUUCCGUCAGUAGCCCCGCGUGACGCGGUUUCGCAAUGCGGGAUGACUGGGGCGAGCGGGGCGACUGUUUGCAAUCACGUGCAGGCAUCACCCGCCGCUCUCCCUGUGGCUUCAGCUGGUGUUGACACUCCUGGCUCAAAUGGCAACGUUGCAGUGCGUGUGAAAGAGGGUAGCGGGAAGGGCGAGGUGCAAGUUCCGACAGCUCGUGUGCUGACGCGUGCCGCUGCAGUUUCAAGCGCGUUUGCACGCGAGCACGCUAACACGACUGGAUCCUGGAACCAAGAAAGAAAUAGUGUUGCUCGCGGUGUGUCUAACGCGGCGCAUCAAGAGGAGGUCAUACCACACCGCGUUUCCUCCGGUUCGAGAGUCGACUUGAGCGCGCUGCAGAGCUUGGGGAGCAGUGAUAGCAUGGCAAGAGCGGAGGGUGAUGCGCAGCUGCUGCUGCAGUCUGGGUUGCAGCAGCCGCAGAAUCAGCAGCCUGAUCGUCAGUCCCAGCACGGGCAUCAUUCAGGUGCCCAGCAUUUGGCAGCACAAGCUCCUGGAAGCAUUACUCAAGCCCCUGCUGGUACAGAUGCAAACGGAGCUUUGCCCUUCACAGAGAGACCUCCUGUAGCUGAAUGCACGGCGCAUAGUGGGCCUCGCCGCUGCUGCUGCCUGCCGCAUGUUACCCUGCCGCUGUCCUGGUGGCAUGUGGCCGUGCAUAAGUUCCUGGUGGAUUGGCAUACGCUCGUGCCGCUCCCUGAGGGGUUCAGAGUGUGCUGCAAUGAGCUGUGUGGGCGAUCAGAGACGAGGAAGCAGGAGUUCCGGUGCUGCUCUGCGUGUGGUGAGGCUAAAUAUUGCAGCCGCGUGUGCCAGGCGGUGGACUGGAAGGCCCAGCAUAAGGUGGUGUGUCCACUGAUUGCUGCUAGGGUGCAGCAGGAGCAGGAAGUAGCGGCACGGAUGGAUUUGCUAAGACAGCAGGCACAGGCCCAGCAGCAAGAGAAUCAGCAUCGGGCUCAGCAGCAUGAUUUCCCAGUGCAAGCGGACCAGCACCAGCCUCAGCAGUAUGAUUACCCAGUGCAACCGGAUCAGCACCAACAACUGGAUCAACAUCAGCCGCAGCAGCAGCAAAAUAACGUCCAGGGUGAUCAACAGGAAGUACAUUAG